CCGGCUGUCCGGGGAGGGGGCGGCCGAGAGAAGAACGGGACUGACUUCAAUAAAGUUUCCCGAAGCAUCUGCUACCCGCCAGGCCCCAGCCAAGCCGCAAUGAAGAGCUUCUCACAGUGAAGAGAAAAAUAGGUCGUACCCAUUAAAAAUGCCUUUGAGGGACAAAUACUGUCAAACUGACCACCACCAUCACGGAUGCUGUGAACCAGUUUAUAUCCUGGAACCUGGAGAUCCUCCUUUGUUACAGCAACCACUACAGACAUCCAAAUCUGGUAUUCAGCAAAUAAUUGAGUGCUUUCGAUCAGGAACCAAACAACUUAAACAUAUUUUGUUAAAAGAUGUGGACACUAUUUUUGAAUGUAAAUUAUGCCGUAGUCUUUUUAGAGGAUUACCAAAUUUAAUUACUCAUAAGAAAUUUUACUGCCCACCAAGUCUCCAAAUGGAUGACAACCUUCCUGAUGUAAAUGAUAAGCAAAGCCAAGCCAUAAAUGAUCUCCUAGAAGCCAUAUAUCCAAGAGUGGACAAGAGAGAGUAUAUUAUUAAGCUAGAACCCAUAGAAACCAAUCAGAAUGCAGUGUUUCAAUAUAUUUCAAGGACUGAUAACCCUGCUGAAGUCACAGAGUCGAGCAGUACCCCAGAACAAACUGAAGUGCAAGUACAGGAGACAAGCACGGAGCAGCCAAAAGCAGUCCCAGACACAGAUCCAGAUGUGGUGGAAGCUGUGGAGCCUCCUCCUGUAGAGACUGUUGUAGAUGAAGCUGCACCUCCCUCUGAGGAGCAACCUCAGGAAUCCCAGGCUGACGUGGAAACGUCUGAUAGUUCUGACCUUGGUCACCAGUUGAUAUGUUGUCUUUGUCGAAAAGAAUUCAAUUCUAGACGAGGAGUCCGUCGUCACAUUCGGAAAGUGCACAAGAAAAAGAUGGAGGAACUGAAAAAGUACAUUGAAACACGGAAGGCUCCAAACCAGUCUUCGGAAGGACGCAGUAAGAGUGUUCUAGUUUCAUUAAGCAGGAGCUGUCCGGUUUGUUGUAAAUCAUUUGCUACAAAGGCGAAUGUUAGGAGGCAUUUUGAUGAAGUUCAUCGAGGACUGAGGAGGGAUUCAAUUACUCCUGAUAUAGCAACAAAGCCUGGGCAGCCUUUGUUCCUGGAUUCCGCUUCUCCUAAAAAAUCUUUUAAGACUCGGAAACAAAAGUCUUCAAAGGCUGAAUACAAUUUAACUGCAUGCAAAUGCCUCCUUUGCAAGAGGAAAUACAGUUCACAAAUAAUGCUUAAGAGACAUAUGCAAAUUGUCCACAAGAUAACUCUUUCUGGAGUGAACUCUAAGAGAGAGAAAGGCCCGAAUAAUACUGCCAGCAGUUCUGAAAUAAAAGUUAAAGUUGAACCAGCAGAGUCUGUGGAAUCUUCACCCCCUUCAAUUGCCCAUUCUCCACAGAAUGAAUUAAAGGGAACAAACCAUUCAAAUGAGAAAAAGAACACACCGGCAACACAGAAGAAUAAAGUUAAACAGGACUCUGAAAGCCCUAAAUCAGCUAGUCCUUCAGCUGCAGGUGGCCAGCAAAAAGUCAGGAAACCAAAACUUUCAGCUGGCUUUGACUUUAAGCAACUUUACUGUAAACUCUGUAAACGCCAGUUUACUUCCAAGCAGAACUUGACUAAACACAUUGAGUUGCACACAGAUGGAAAUAACAUUUAUGUUAAAUUCUACAAGUGUCCUCUCUGCACUUACGAAACUCGUCGGAAACGUGAUGUGAUAAGACAUAUAACUGUGGUUCAUAAAAAGUCAUCUCGCUACCUUGGGAAAAUAACAGCCAGUUUAGAAAUCAGAGCUAUAAAAAAGCCUAUUGAUUUUGUUCUAAACAAAGUGGCAAAAAGAGGCCCUUCAAGGGAUGAAGCGAAACACAGUGAUUCAAAACAUGAUGGCACUUCCAAUUCUCCUAGUAAAAAGUAUGAAGUAGCUGACGUCGGUAUUGAAGUGAAAGUCACAAAAAACUUUUCUCUUCACAGAUGCAAUAAAUGUGGAAAGGCAUUUGCCAAAAAGACUUACCUUGAACAUCAUAAGAAAACUCAUAAGGCAAAUGCUACCAAUUCACCUGAAGGAAACAAAACCAAAGGCCGAAGUACAAGAUCUAAGGCUCUUGUCUGCCUGGCGAAGCCGUCGCCCCGCAGCGCCGCCAUCCUGCGUCCGCCCGCGGGCGCCGUCACCACGCGCCAGGCCGCCUCCAGCUGCCGCGCCAAGCUCCGCGGCGCCGCCAGGGAGCGCCAGCACGCGGCGCGCGCCCUCGGCAAGUCGGCCGCUCCGUGACGCCGCCGCGCGCCCCUGCGGCCGCGCGCACCGCCGGACCUCAGGCGCCCGGGUCGCCUCUGCAGACCGCCGCGUCCACCGUCGCUGGGGCGGCGUCGCCGGCCCCCGCUGCCGCCUCCUGCCCUCCCCUCGGGGCGCCGGGCCUCUCAGUGCUACGUGCAACGCGUUUCUUCAGCCCGCCCGCAAAAUCCCGGCUUCUUGGAAAAUCUCACCGCACACGAUUCCUUUUCCGUAGUUCUUGUGAUGACCCCCCGUUCCCACACAGAUUCUUUUCAUUAUUAGUUCUUCGAAGCCAACUUCGUUUUCUUCACCUCAAGGCCUCAUCAAGCUCCACCUCCCACGCCCGUCUGCCGAAGAUUCCUGCUGUCCAAAUUAUCGUUGGCCCUUGGGUGGCUAACAAAUGCAGAGUUGUGUCAUGCACAACUGUAAUUGAACUCCGAACAUUAGGCUUUCUCUUCCCUGUAACUUCAGCUCCAAUUACCCUUCUUCUCUUUGGAGUCGGUCCUUGUUUCCAAGGACCUAGCUGGCCACCUUUAGAAACUGGACCCUCUCUAGAAUGUUGUUCAGGGGUGAUCACGUGCCUCUCAAAGCUGCUCUGGGAAGGCUGGUUGGCUGAGCCCCUCUUGUUUUCCCAGGGACUCUGCCCCUGGGUUUACAAGGAGGUUGUGCUUCUCCUGGGCUAUUCCCCGUGACUGGUCAUAGCCAAGGUAGCCUUGACAUUCAUGUGACAUUCAUGGUCCCUCAGUGAACGAUUUUGGGGUGGGGGCCCCUCAACUCUUGGUGGAAAUUUCCUUAGGACUGCUGGCUUCAGUCUGUAGCCCCUCUUGCUCUUGCCUUUCACAGGUGAGUCAGACCUGCCUUAUGGCAUGGAGGCCCUUUUCUCUCCUCUUGUUUUCUUUUGUCUUUCUCAGGUGUCCCCUCAACACAGUUGCUGCACAGUGACCUCUGUCUUGGUGUCUGCUGCUAGGACCUGACCUGACACACCAGACAUUCCAUCCUCUGAUCACCAUCCCCUGUCCUGAGUUCUUGGUUCCUUGACCUCACUUUUCUGCUGUUGAGCAGGCCAUGUCUUGCAUAUAUUUCCUUGGCUAGCCCAGAUUCCAUAUCCCAUUGUAAUCAUGCCUUGAAAUGCAAUUCUCUCAGCACUCUCAAACCUCAGUUUUUUUCCAAGUUAUUUUCCUAGCCAAAAAAAAAAUCCAACCCUGGCUGUAUGUAACCUCUGCCUCGCGCUGGCCUGACCGGAACAACUGACCAUUGCCUUUAAGAAAAUCACAAAACCCAACCAACCUCUCCUACUUUGAACACAUUAUUGCAAAUCUUUUCCCUGUGGUCAUCUUGGUCCCCACGUCUAGGCCUACUUGUUUUUAUGCAUGUAUCGCCUCAGAGUGUCCCUUUUCUUUCAUAUUUCUCUGAGAAACAAGAGUUGUAUACAGACCUCCUCAUCUUCCUGCUACAAUGUAUGGAAAUGACCUUCAAUUUUGUGACUGUGAAAAAAGCUUGAAGGCCCUUCUCUCAGCUCUGUGCAUCUCAUUCUUUCUGGUCUUUUGAGUAGCUUUAGGUUCCCCUCUCUUUCUCUUGUUACCAUCUUUUUCCUCCUCUUAAUCAGUUGUUCACUUGAAUAAAUGGCAUCACGUUUCAGCCAGUUUCUCUAGUCAGAAACCCAGAGGCCACCUCUGCUUCUCUUGUGACUAGUUCCUUACAAAGUAGACCAUCUAAUCGAUCAGUUUUAUUACUCAAAUAGUCCUUUUUAUUUUUCUGAGAAAGAAUCUGCAAAAUUCUGGUUGGGCUGGAACUCACUAUGUAGAGGAGGUUAGCUUUCAGUUUGUGGUGAUCUCCCAGCUUCCGCCUCGUAAGGCCUGGAAUUGUAGGUGUGCACAAUCAUGCCUGACUCAAAAUUGUCUUUAAUCUGUCUCCUUCCAAAUUCAGUACUAUCACUUAGUCCUGACCAACAUUUUUUUCUUGUGACCUCUGUGUCAGCUAGUCCUGCAUGGUCUCUCAGCUACUGUUCUUGACCUACUUUAGGACAUUUGUGAUAACCUGGUGGUAGUGACCUUUCUCAUCCAUUAAACCAAAUAUACUGUUGGUUAUAGAAUUAAAUUGAAGCUCUUUACCAUGGCUCACAAAGUCCUUCACCAUCUGACCCUUUUUUCUCUGACAUCUUGUGUAUAUUCCUCUCGCUGUUUACCAUGUGUGGCCAUGCAAGUUCCACCAACUGGCCAAGCAGGCUCUUUUCUGUACCUCAGGGGGUUAGUAAGUGCUACUAUUUCUAAGUUGCCCUUCAUGGCCACCCUCUCAUCCAUCACAGUGCAUCCUCUCGAUGGGUGCAGAGUUUUGAGAGAGGCCUGCCUGGAGCACCAUAUUGAAAGUAGUCAUGACCUCCCAAUCAUUUCCUCUCCCAGUUUAUUUGUAAUCUUAUUUAUUUGCUUAUUCUGUUUUAUUUCCUUCUCCCCACACUAGAAUGUAUGAAGAAGAGACUGUGUGGGGAUGUCUGGAUUCUUCAACACUGCAUUCUCUGCCCAUAGCAAUUUGGUGCAUAUUAGAUGCACAAUAAAUGUCUGUUGAAAGGAUAAAUGAAUACAUAUGCUAUUUUUUCUGUUGGGGAUUCACUCUCUAUUGACUUAGUAGGAGGUAUUUAUAUAUUAAAACCACUAAUCACUUGUUUAUUCUGUUUGUGCAGACAUUCUGCCCCUUCUCCAGUAUGUGCCAGUUGAAUUCUUGAUGUCUAUGAUAUACAGAAACAUUGUAUUUUUCACAACAAUAAAUAUCUUUUAUGAGUCCUGCAUUUGGUGAUAUGUUUAAAAAUAUCUUCUCUGUGUCAGUGUUACAUGCAUAUUUGUUUGUUUCCUUGUAUUUUCAUUUUUUUGGAUUUAAAUAUUUUCUCUAAAUGGAAUUUAUUUUUGGCAUAGGUAUGAUUAAUGGCCUAAAUAUUUAUUUAGUUCUUACAUCAUCAUUUAUUGAAAAUUCUUUUUACUGUUUUGAACAGUUGACAUUUAUCAGAUAUUAAAUUCUUCUCCCUAGAGUGGUUUCUGGAUUUAUCACUUGUUUGCUCUUCCUGAAGUCUAUUAACUACUGCCGUGGUAUCAGUUGCUUUACUCUGUUUACAAUGAAGUAAUAUUACUCUUAUUUUAAAAAUAUUUUUGUUUUUUGGCUAUGUUUUUUUCCUUUAUUCUCCUCAAUAAGCUUUAGUUAUAUUUUGGUAAAGUCCAAAAGAAAGUCUACUGUCAUUUUCUUUAGAAUUGCUUUAAGAUUCUAGGUUAUUUGAGAAAGAGUUGUAAAGUUUGUACUCUGAAGUCUCCUAUUGAGGAACUUGUCAUGUGUCAAGGUUACUGAAGACAUCUUGUGUGUCCUUCAGUUUUUUUUUAAUGUGCUGUAAACUUAUUUGUUAUAUUUUAGCUGUCUUAUAUUUUGUUGCUAUUUGACUGUGAUCAUUCCCAACGCCCAACCCCCAUUUUUAAGAGCUUUUGUGAAAGCUGUUCCUUGUAGGGCCAAUUGAUUUUGUAUUUGAUAACUUUUCAGAACUCUCACUGAUCCUCACUGAUUCUUUUCUUCAUCACUUUAAGCAUAAAUAAUAAUUUCGUGCUUCUUUUGCUAUGCUUAUACCUCAUUGAAUAAGUGAUGGCAAUAGCCUUGCUCUUACCCUGGCUUUUUAGCAUGCCAUCAGUAUUUUACCAGAUUUUAAUGUUAACUACUGGACUCAGAUGCAGGCCUUCAGUCAAAGGAAAUGAUUUUCUGGUUCAAAUACACCAAACAUUUUGGGGGGAUUGUUCUUGUUGAAUUAUAUUAAACAUUCUUGGCAACUAGAGGUUAUCAUUUGGUUUUAUUUUGUGGUCUAUUACCACAAUACACUACUAUUAACAGAUUUCUUAAUACAGAGCUAUUUCUGCAUAAGACAGAGUCUGUAAUCAUGGUGAUAUAUUUUUAUAUUAUUCUUUCUUAGCUUCAGAAGGGAAUUUCUCUAUUGCUUUAGGUAUAAAUUAGUAAUACGGUAGGAGCUGUCUAUUCCUUGAUGUCUUGGAGGAACCCCCUCAUAACACUGUUUAUAAGACAAAAGAUAAUUCUCUGAACAUUUUGAAAAUUUCUAUGGUUUUGUCCUAUACAGGCAACCAUACUUCUUGAAUAGCAACUUUAAAAUUAUAUUUUUU